AUGCCCACUAUGUAUGACGCUUCGAAGGUCGAGAAUCUGUCCGAGGCCGACAAGAUGCGCCUCAUCGUUGCGUACUUGAACCACAGUGAACCGAACAACGUCAACUGGGAUCUUGCUGCCACCGAGGCUGGCUCCAAGUCCAAGGGAAGCUACAAAAAAUUGGUGGCGAACGCUCUCAAGAAGCUGACCCCCGACACUGUUGUCGAGGGAGACGAUGGCCUCUCUGCUACGCUGCCUCUCAGCAUCACGAAGUCCGUCUCGGCUCCUGCCGCGAAGCAAGGCCGCAAGCGCGCCGCGUCAGUCGACGACGGCGAAGACGACGAUGUCAAGGCUGAGAAGGAGGGAACGAAGCGCCGCAAGGCCCCCACCAAGAAAGCCGUGAAGAAGGAGGACGGCGAGGAGGCCAUGUAG